GUUAGAUGGAGCCACAUAUUUCUCAGAAACAAAAAUUUGUGGAGGAGGUGUUGGAAGGAAUAUUGCUGAAGGAAUUUGGAAACAAUUUGGUAAAGUAAAUUUUAUAUCCGUCAUUGGAAAUAAUGAAAUGGGAGAAAAUAUAAUCAAAAAUAUACCACCAAAGUAUACAAAAUAUGUUAGAAGACUUAAAACCUGUGCGACAUCAAUUUGUAAUGUCGUUGUUGAUAAAAAUGGAGAAUGUAAAGUAGUUUUCGGUGAUAUGAAAAUUCAUAACGAAAUUUCAUUUCCAGAGGUUUGCAAGAACAAAAACCUAAAAAACGCCCCUAUAAUAGUGAUGGACGCCAAUAUUGCAAAAGAAACUAUGAAGAGGGUCCUGGAAACAUCAAAAGAAUACAAAAUACCUGUAUUUUAUGAACCAAGUGAUAUGCGAAUUGCAGAUAAGCCUUUUACGUUAGGCUCCAUUUUCACAGAUCAAAUUAAAUUUAUAUCUCCAAAUAUCUUUGAGCUACAAGCUAUUUCGAAAAGCAUAAAAGGAGAGUCGAUGGAUUUUUUGAACACAAAAAUUUUGGAAAAUAAAGAAGAAACAAUGCAAGUUGCGAAAAAAUUGCUAAAUGAUGUGAACGGUAAUUUUGAUUGUGUAAUAUUGACUUUGGGCUCUUUCGGAGUGAUAGUGAGUGGCCCCUUGGAUAUACAACACACAUUUUUUGAUAAUGAUUUGAUUUAUAAAGGAAAGCCAGACACACUAAUAAAAAAUUUUUACUUUGAAGCUCCAAAAAUUCAUAAUAUAAUAAAUGUGUCAGGCGCAGGUGAUAGUUUCUGUAGCGGAUUUAUUUCAGCAAUGUUAAAAAGAGAUACGCUAAAGAAUUGUGUUUUAAAUGGGUUUUCAGGUGCUAAAGACGCGUUAUUAAGCGAAGAUGCUGUGCCAGAGCACUAUACACUUGUUGCUGAAAAUUUGAAAUAUUAUGAAAUUUUCUAGGCAAACAUUAUAAUAAAACAAACAUUUUACGAAACAUAAAUAUAUAUCAUAUAUGUAUGUAUGCACUUACAAGCAUAAUAAAUAUGG